AUGCCAGAUAGUUGUUGUGCGAUUGGAUGCACUAACCGCCGAGGAGAUAAGCCGGGGUUAUGUUUUUACCGGAUCCCAUCUGAUAAGGAGAAUCCAGAGAGAAGACAACUGUGGAUACAGGCUAUCAGACGUGCAACCGUUUCAGGAAAUGGGACCUGGCAACCUUCACAGUAUACACGUCUGUGCAGUGAUCAUUUCAUCAAAGGUGCCACAUCUGAUGACCUGCUGUCCCCUGAUUGGGUUCCAUCUGUCUUCUCUCACACCCCUGCCACCAAAAAGAGGAAAAGGGAGAAAGACAUGGAAAGGUAUGAGCAGCACAGCAGAAUCCAAAUCAAGAGGAUGGAGGUGGAAAAGAAACAAGAUGCUGUGGAUGUCCUCUUGGAACUGUCUUCAGGAGAGCCUGUGCCACAACAGUGUCUCAGCAAUCACUGCAAAGAUGACAUGGCAAAGCUACAGCAGGAGUGUGAUGACCUCAGGGAGGAAAACCGCAGGCUGAAAACCAAAUUAGGAAUAUUGGACGAACAGGCUUUUGAAAAUGACGAUGAAAAAGUGAAAGCACUGACAGGACUCCCCACGUUUGCCAAGCUGCAAUAUCCAGAACAGGCAUACCACAGUAACAGCCUUCAGACGAUUUGGUGGCAUCAUGUGAUGUUGCUUGAACAGGUGCUGUAA